AUGAGAGGUAUAGCGAAGCCAUUAUCGAGCCCUAGCCGGGCGGAGAAAUUUCCGCCGCCGUUGAUGUGGUUGAUGCGCAGCAACGUGGGCAGCCGGAGCCGCAGCCGGGCGCGGUCGAGCCCCAUGUUUUACCUCCGCGGCAGGAGAAGCGCCGUCGAAACUAGCCAGGAGCCCUCCUCGCCCAAAGUGACCUGCAUCGGCCAAGUCCACGCCCGCCGCUCCUCCAAGGCCGCGAAGAAACGCCGCCGCUGGUGGCUCUGCUUCCGGAAGAAUCCGCUGGAUGGCAUGCUCUGCAAGUGCGGGUCGAUAUUCGGGUGGAAUUACAACAAGAAGGCCGAUUCAUUUAGGGCUUUUCCCGAUUGCAAAACUGAAAACCUAGGCGAUCGACGCGAGCGAGAUUAUACAGUGGAAAAGGAAAGGAAACAGCCGCCUAAAAAUGCGUUAAUGUUGACGAGGUGCAGAUCCGCUCCCUACAGAUCGUCGUCGCUGGGAGCUCAAUUUCUGAAAGACGCCGCCGAUGAAGUAGCGGCAAGCAGCAUCACGGGAGAAGAAAUGGAGAGUUCAAUUGAAGAAAUGAAGAAAAGUGUGGUGCACCCGCUGCUGCUAACGAGAUGUAAAUCGGAGCCGGCGAGUUUAGGGGAUAGACUUGUAGCUGUUGCCCAACAUACUCCUCAACAAAAUUCCUAG